AUGCUUCUAUCCACAAGAACAUCACAACUACAUAGUAUAGGGUCUGUUCCUAACACAUACUCUCAUUUACCUCAGGAUUUGCGAGAUCUUUUCUUACAGUUUGCUUCUGUGUUUGACACACCACAGGGCCUUCCUCCUCAUAGAGCUCAAGAUCAUGCAAUUCCAUUAAAGGAUGAGACUCAAGUGGUUAAGGUACGACCGUAUCGUUAUCCCACAAUUCAAAAGGAUGUUCUGGAAAAAAUGGUGGCUGAAAUGAAGACUUCUGGUAUAAUCAGAGAUAGUAAUAGCUCCUUUGCUUCUCCGGUGGUGCUCGUUAAAAAGAAAGAUGGCAGUUGGAGGUUUUGUGUGGAUUAUAGAAAGUUGAACAAGCUUACCAUAAAGGAUAAAUUUCUAAUUCCCUUAGUGGAAGAGCUACUGGAUGAGUUGCAUGGGCACUUUGAGUUUCUUGUCAUGCCCUUUGGCCUCACUAAUGCACCAGCCACAUUCCAAGGGCUUAUGAACACUGUCUUUCAACCUUACCUUUGCAAAUUUGUGUUGGUGUUUUUUGAUGACAUUCUUGUUUACUCUAAGGAUUGGAAAUCUCAUAUCCAGUACCUCACUGCAGUCUUUGAGCUUCUGAGAGCCAAUCAACUAUUUGUCAAGCUCACUAAAUGUGAAUUUGCUGCAAGAAAAGUUGAAUAUCUUGGCCAUGUUAUAACAAGGGAUGGAGUCGCAAUGGAUGAUAGCAAAGUCCAAUGCAUCUUACAAUGGCCAAUACCAAAGACACUCAAAGAGCUCAGGGGUUAUCUUGGCCUCACAGGCUAUUACCGAAGGUUCAUUCAAGGGCUAUUUGCACCUGUUCUUGCUCUCCCUGACUUUAAUGCCACAUUUACUCUUGAAUCUGAUGCUUGUAGUGUGGGCAUAGGUGCUAUAUUGAGUCAAAAUGGGAAACCUAUUGCUUAUUUUAGCAAGGCCCUAGCUCCUAGGCACCAAGUAUUAUCUAUCUAUGAAAAGGAGAUGUUGGCUAUUCUUGCAGCUGUUAAGAGGUCUUCCUACUUGCUUGGUCGAAAAUUUCAUAUCAAGACAGAUCAUGAAAGCUUGAUAUUUCUUUUGGACCAAUCUACUUCAACACCCGCCCAACAUAAAUGGCUAUUGCAAAUGAUGGCUUAUGAUUUUGAUAUUGUGUACAGGAAAGGCCUUUUACAACCACUUCCCAUUCCUGACAAGGUUUGGAUAGAUGUUUCCAUGGAUUUUGUGGGAGGGUUACCAAAAUCCCAUGGAAAAGACACUGUCAUGGUAAUUGUGGACAGGCUGAGCAAAUAUGCUCAUUUCAUUGUAUUGGCACAUCCUUAUUCAGCUCUCACUGUAGCUCAGGCUUACUUGGAUCAUGUUUUCAAGUUACAUGGUGCUCCAUCUUCAAUUGUCUCUGACAGGGAUCCAAUAUUCAUGAAACCCAAAGAAUGGACCAAGUGGAAAGCAACUGCAGAGUUGUGGUACAACACCAGUUUUCAUAGCUCCAGGCAUGCCACUCCGUACAAGAUUGUUUAUGGACAUCCACAACCAAUGCAUCUCCCUUACCUUCCUGGUGAAUCUAAGGUGGAUACUGUAGAUAGAAGCCUAACAGCUAGAGAAGCAACAAUACAGAAUUUGAAAUUUCAUCUUCAAAGAGCUCAGCAUCGAAUUAAACAGCAAGCUGAGAAGAAAAGAUCUGACAGAGAAUUUAUAGUGGGGGACUUUGUCUAUUUUAAGCUCCAACCAUAUAGACAAAUGUCGGUGGUACAGAGAUCCAACCAUAAGCUUUCUGCUCGAUAUUUUGGUCCCUAUCAGAUUGUGAAGAAGGUUGGCAAGGUUGCCUAUGAACUUGCUCUGCCCAAUGGUUCAAAAGUACACCCAAUCUUUCAUGUUUCUCAGUUAAAAAAGCACCUUGGUAAGCAUCCUGUUCAAGCUCAGUUGCCUCUUAUUGAUGCUGAAGGUCACAUUGCCAAGGAACCGGUUGUAAUCUUGGACAGGCAUAUUACUAAUAAGCAUAACAAGGCUGUCACAGAAGUUCUUAUUUCUUGGAGUAAUGCCUUUGCAGAAGAUGCAACAUGGGAACUACUUUAUGAGAUUCAGAAGAAAUUUCCAAACUUUAAUCCUUGA